AAUUGGUUUCAGAUGUCAGCGACUAACAACAUGGCAAAAUAAACAACGUGGCAGCUGUAUUCCUUUUUCACUUCUUCGUCUUGUAGCUGUUAUUAUUUCAUCACCAUCCCUCGCUACGUUUUCAUUAUACCGUCUCGCAAUUUUCGCUUUUAAUCUGGAGGCUGUAUGAUUGAUAAAGAGCAUUUAUACGAAUUCCAUUCAUUUUGUUUGUGUAUGUGUGUGGCCAGGGGAACGAGAAAAAUAUAAUUUACAAAACUAUAAGUCAGUCCCUCCCGCCCCCUCUUAAAAAAAAAGUCAAUGUGUCAGUGACAGAAUUUCGGAUAUACAUUGAUAGGUGUAUAUAUAUAGAGAGAGCGAUAUAGAUAUAUAAUCAUAUUUUGUUAAGCGUGUAUGCUUACUCAGUUAAGCACCAGCGGAAUCCAGGAGGAGGGACAUUUAGGCAGACAUCUGAAGAAACCAAUUUCUGCUGGUACUUUUUGUCUUCCUUCAAGACACAAGAAAAUCUUAAGCAAAACAAAGAAAGCCUAAAAAUCUAACCAGGUAGCCGUGCAGUUCCGAUACCGAAACAUUGUUGGCGUGCUACAUUAAAACGUCACGAUGUCUCGCUUAUACCAAAGUGUUAAAGCCUGUAUUUAUAAGGAAUCACCAGAAGCAGUUGACACAAGAUCAAAUACAAAUAGUGAAACAAACAUCCAAGGAACCAACGCCAAUAAAAAGACAGAUGUAGAAACUGAUCCAAGCAAACAACCCAGUAUGAUCUGGCGGGUUUCAAGUGGUUUGUAUAGUACAGCAACUGGUGCAGCGACAGGAGCUGUGAGCCUUGGGGUUGGAAGCGUUAAGUGGGUGGCAGGGAAAGGAUAUGAUGUCGGCCAUGCCGUUGUAACCAAAGUGCCAAUACCAGGUGUAUCAAGAUGGAAAACCAAAGACAAGAGUGAAUAAAGGACAGCGAAAUCUACAAUCGAUUCAUCUAUCAUCACUACCACCACAACAACAACACUGACAACAGCAACCAUCACCACCACCAGCAAUAACAAUCACUUAAACAUGAUUGGAUUAACAAUGAACACAAUACUCUUUUUUUUUUUGCCUUGUAAUUUUUUUCUUCCCCCUGACUCCCCACUUGAUCUUGCCUUUUUUAUCUUAAUCAAACGUGGCCAACAGCAUGACACACUUGAUAAUUUCCAUUAAGGGGUUUUAAAAAGACCAAAAAAUUAAAAAAAUGUUUUAUAUACCUAAUGCUAAGAAGUAGAGAGCAUAGCUAUGAAGCGAUUCUCAAAACAAUCCAUCCUAGUCUAUUGCUUUUCAGAUGAUCUGAGGCAAAUUAAUGUUGGAAUAGUGAGAAAGAAAUCCUAGCAGUCAGUAUUAUAGCAAGAAGAUCUGGAUGUGCUCAAGGUGAAGUUUCCACAUUUGUACAGCUUUACUAAGUUUGUUCAUAACAAAAAUGUUGGGAUACAUAUAUAUAUUUUAUUUGCCCACCAUUAAAAAAUGAAAAAAAAAAUUUUUUUUUUAAUCUCCACAUCCUAUCUCAUUGCAGCAUCUCUUCAUACUUGACAAUAUAAAGUGGAGAUAGUCUGCUGGUCAGUUUCAAUAGAUACAGCUUCAUCAUGACAUAUUUCCAGGAAGUAAUUUUUCCGUUUAUGUUCAAUUAUAAUCAAAGUUUGAUUUCUCUUCUCUUGUCCUCAAGAAAUACAGGAGAAAUUGUGGAUCUGCCCUUACAUAAUUUCUCCAAUAGAUUUUAUGUUUUUCUUUCUAUUUUUUUUUGACUCCCUUACUGAUAAAAAGAAAAAAAUAACUGCAUAUCAUAUGAGAAUUCUGGGAGUUCAAUAAAGUAUUUUAUAAAUAAA